AUGACAGUCGCAUCCAGUCGUGCGAUUCAGGGACGCGGCGUUGGCAUCGGGCUCGGCGUAGGCUGCGGUUUCGGCGUAGGCUGGGGCUUCGGGGGGGGAAACCUCGGUUGUUUGGGCUUGGGUGUAGGAGGGGGCUGUGGCAUUGGGAUUGGAGUCGGGUGGGGGUUCGGAGUUGGCUGGGGAAGCAAGUACAUCAAUCAACACUUUGUGUUUCGAGAAACU